ACAAUGUCAAACCUUUUACGCACUGUUAAAGAACAGAAUCUCACAAAUCAGGAACAUGCAUCAACAGACACUUAUGACUUUGAGGUAAGAAUUACUUAUAUGUAUUUCAUGAGUAAAUUUUCAACAGUGAAAUUCAUGGAAAGGUUUAUGACAAUUUUACAGUACUGUUGUGCAUGUUUCUUGCUUCAUUGUCCAUUUUAGAUGUUGUCUUGGAUUCCCCAUGACGACAUAACAUCUUCAUUGGCUGAGACUGGAGUGCGAACUCUAGAUAAAAAUACAACUCCAUGAACUGACCUUGCCUGACUACCAUACAUAAACCAUAUGUUUUUUAUUCUUUAUACCUACCUCCACAGUAAACCAGUUUUGAUUCUAAUCUUGCAUAUGAUACACUCUUUACUCAGUUUUGUUAUUUUAGUUUACUCUGCUUCAUUUUUUUACUUUUCAUUAAUCUACCUACCUUUAACAGAUUUUGAAGUGGUUUUUCUUACAUAAGUGAACAUAAGAAAGGCUGUUAUUCAGGUAUUAAUAGUGUAUUUGUUCCUAUUUUAAACAAAGCCCUAAUUUUUUUCGAUUUAUCUUUAUCGUUUUAACGAUGAGAUCAUCAGCAUCUUUACGUUUUAUCAUACAGGCUGUACUGAAUUGACAAAACAAAUCUUGUUUAAGUUAUGUAACAAAUAGUACUUCAUCUCCUUUCACUACUAGUUCACAUCAUGUACAUGGCUUAAUUACUGUUCCUUACAACUUUAAAGGCAGUUACCCUGGCUUGCAAGAAAUAAACACGAAAAAUGUAGAACCAUAAUCACCAUUGUAAGUAGUUCCCAGGAAAAGAGAGCUGAAAUGCGUGAAAUGUUACCAAAACCAGGAUUUGAGAAAUGUGCAUUAUCUACUACUACUCAGCAGUUUCUGUAAGGGAAACUAUAACCUUAAGUUAUUAAUAAUUUUGCAAAAGCCUGUAUAUUUUGUGAUUUCCAAGGAUUUCUGUUGUUGCCAUAUCUAAACUGCCUUUAUGUAUGACAUUCUUGUAUAGGCCCCUUUAGUUCACAGUCUUAACGCCUGUCAAUAAACAUGGCUGAAUGUAAGGCAUACCAUUGUACUAACAACAAGCGCAAUAACAAGGGAUUACAUUUUCACCAAGUCCCUAAACCACCAUCAGAUCCCAAGAAGAAUCGAGAAAAAAUGGAAAUAACAAAGAAAUGGCUACAUAACUUAGGAAUGGGACACAGAAUGAAGACAUUUCCUUUUGGUAGAAACAGUGUUGUGUGUGAGAAACAUUUCACCCCAGACUGUUUCAAAGUGGAUUUGCGAGCUAAGUUUAUGGGUACAAAACCUCGACAAUACCUUGUAGAAGGGGCAGUACCAACACUUUUCAAGCAUCGCCCCCCUCCAGUAGGUGAAGAUAGAGAGGAACAACUAGAGACUAGGAGAAAUAAAAAGAUAUAUGAAGGUUUGGAAGCAGAAAUAACCAUGAAUGUAUUAAAAAUUAAAGCUGAACCUUCUUCUGAUGAGGAGCAUAGUAGUUUAUUGGAUAUUGAGUUACCAAACAAAAAAGAAAUUAUUGAAACAUUACCUGAAUUAACAGGAGAAGGUAAUUCCUUAAAAGAAGAAUUUCCACAAUCCAUUAUUGAAUUUGAAGAAGUAAAAAUAGAAAAAGAAGAAGAAUAUGAUGAAACGGACAAGACUGAGGUUGCUGUCUCACCUGAAGCUGUCAUUAUGAAGAAAGAGAAAAUAGAACCUACAGAAGAUUUGCAGCAACUUGAUUGUGAUUCAGCUGUUGAAUUUGAUGUUAGUAGUUACACUAAUAGAAAAGCUUCCUGUGGAUGUGAAGAAGACAGAGAAACUGAAACUUCAGGUAACAUGUGUAAAUCCUUGUAUAGGUUUGAUGUGUGUAGAGAAAGCAAUAACCAGAAUGAACACCUAAUAAAGCAUGAAAGAAAACUCAGUGAGGAUAUCUUAGCCUAUGGAAGUAACUCAAAAGAGAGUUCUUGGAGUAGGAAAACAAAAGGUAAGUUUGAUGUCUGUCAGGAAACAGCAGUGUAUAAAAACUUUGAAGAAAAUCAGAAGACCCAGUCUGAACACCAAAUAAACAAUUACAAAGCUUCUGCUAAAAGUUGUAUGUAUAAUACUGAGUUCCAAACUGACGAAACAAUACAAAAAGAAAAGAUGUAUUCCAGCUGUGGUGUAUGUGGUAAAAUAUUUGCAACGAGGUAUAAAUUAAAACAGCAUCAGUCCUCACAUAAUGGAAUGAAACCAUAUACUUGUAGUGUCUGUGGAAAGGGAUUCACAGCAAGACAAAACUUAAAACAACAUCAAUGGAGACACACUGGGGUGAAACCAUACACUUGUCGGGUAUGUAGCAAGGAUCUUACAACUAAGAAGAAUUUAAAACAACAUCAGUGGAUCCAUACCGGUGAAAAACUAUACAGCUGUGAUAUCUGUGGUAAGGAGUUUGCACAAGGCUCAUCUUUAAAAAGACAUCAGAUAACCCACACCGGAGAAAAACCAUUCAGUUGUGUUGUGUGUGGAAAAACGUUUGGAAGAGAAAAAUACUUAGAGGAACAUGAGGUUAUCCAUACUGGAGAAAAACCAUAUAGUUGUGAUGUUUGUGGCAAGGAAUUUACAAGAAGUUCGUCUCUAAAAAUACAUCAAGUUAGUCACAGUGGAAAAAAACCAUACAGUUGUAGUGUUUGUGGCAAAGAUUUUACUAGAAAAUUUUCCUUGAAGAGACAUGAGAAGAUUCAUAAUGGGAAAAAACUAUAUUGUUGUAAUGUCUGUGGCAAAGAAUUUGCACAGAGUUCAUCUGUAGAAAAACAUCAAAUUAUGCACAGUGAUAAAAACAUGUUAUGUGUGAAGAAAUCUUUAGAAGGCUAAAACUAGAAAAACAUUAGAUAAUUCUUAGUUGAGGUAAACUAUAUUAUUGUAAACUUUGUGGCAAAAAAUGUACACCCAGGUAUUCAAUUACAAAAAAACAACAACAUGAAUUCAUGUGCAGGCAAUGUAUACUGUUUAUCUGGGUUGUGUGUGCCAAAACGUUUUACAUAAACAACUAUAUUAAAAUGAAAAAAACUGAUAUUUGUGAUAUUUACAACAAAUGAUUUGAAAAUUAAAAUGGCUUGAAAUGUGUUUAGAAAAUAUAUAUAUAUCUGCAGAUUGAUAAAAAAUUUACACUCAGAUCACGUGUAAAACAAAAUUGUGAAUUUUGCAGUGGUUAUUAAUUGUCGAAAGCUCAUUUGAAUAUAUUUGCAUAAAGCUAAAGCCUAAAACAAUAUAUACAUAUUGUGAAUCUAAGUUUCAAAUGGACAGCAACUGGCCAUUGUAGUAACCUACAAAUG